UCCCACGUAGAGUAGCUUUUUUGUUUCGAGGCUUAAGCCCCGUGGUCUGAUUUCAGCUCAGUCCUACCAGUGACAGCGGAGGAGAGAGUCUCCAUUCAACUGAAUCAUCUUCCACUUUGCCUGACCAGAGAAGCAGCGAUCAUGUCUUCAACAAAUGGCCACACUGUGAGCAAAGAAACGUGGGAUUCGCACAACAAGAUGAUGUUGGAGCCUCUGUCUGUCAACGACUCGGAGGUGUUUACCAUCAUAAAAAAAGAGAAGCACAGGCAGAUAUAUGGUCUGGAGCUCAUAGCGUCAGAGAACUUUGCCAGCAGAGCUGUUCUAGAGGCUCUGGGUUCCUGUAUUAGCAACAAAUACUCUGAGGGAUAUCCCGGGCACAGGUAUUAUGGUGGUACAGAGUUUGUUGAUGAGCUGGAGACACUCUGUCAGAAGAGGGCGCUGGAUGUCUACUCUCUGGACUCAGACAAAUGGGGUGUCAAUGUGCAGCCAUACUCAGGCUCACCUGCUAACUUUGCUGUGUACACGGCCAUCGUGGAGCCCCAUGGCAGGAUUAUGGGACUAGACCUUCCUGACGGAGGUCACCUGACACACGGCUUCAUGACAGAGAAGAAGAAAAUCUCUGCAACAUCCAUCUUCUUUGAGUCCAUGCCUUAUAAGGUGAAUCCAGAAACUGGCUACAUUGACUAUGACAAACUGCAAGAAAACGCUCGGCUGUUCCACCCCAAAAUCAUCAUUGCAGGAACAAGCUGCUAUUCCCGCAACCUUGACUACGCCCGGAUGAAGCAGAUCGCUGAUGAGAAUGGUGCCUAUCUGAUGGCAGACAUGGCUCACAUCAGUGGACUGGUGGCUGCAGGAGUGGUGCCCUCACCCUUUGAGUACUGUGACAUUGUUUCCACAACAACACACAAGACGCUGCGUGGCUGCCGUGCUGGCCUCAUCUUCUACAGGAAAGGUGUUCGGAGUGUGGAUGCCAAGGGGAAGGAGAUUCAGUACAACCUAGAGUCCUUGAUCAAUCAGGCUGUGUUUCCAGGGCUGCAGGGAGGACCACAUAACAACGCUAUUGCAGGUGUUGCUGUAGCUCUAAAACAAGCCAAGUCACCAGAGUUCAAGGCCUACCAGAUGCAGAUUCUUGCUAACUGCAGAGCUCUAUCCAGUGCCCUUAUUGACUAUGGCUACAAGAUUGUCACUGGCGGCUCUGACAACCAUCUGAUCCUGCUGGACCUGCGCAACAAAGGAACUGACGGAGGACGAGCUGAGAAGGUUCUGGAAGCCUGCGCCAUUGCUUGUAAUAAGAACACCUGUCCAGGGGAUAAGAGUGCUUUGCGUCCUAGUGGUCUCAGGUUUGGCUCUCCAGCUCUGACCUCCAGGGGCUUGGUGGAGGACGACUUCAAGAAGGUGGCUGAUUUCAUUCACAGAGGUAUUGUGCUGGCCUUAGAGGUGCAGAGAAGCCUGGAUCCCAAGGCCCCUCUGAAGGACUUCAUUCAGGCUCUAGCUCAAGGAGAGAAGUUUCAGCAGCGAGUGGCAGAAAUCAGAACAGAGGUGGAGGCUUUCGCUGGUCAAUUCCCCAUGCCUGGCCUUCCUGAGCUGUAGAGGCUGCCACUUUACACACUGAUGGCUUCUAGACUGAUGAUUGUAACAAACAUUAUGCCAAUGUUGAUGGUGUGUUGUUUCAUAUGUAUGCUUACUUUGAGCGGACACCUCUUAAAUCUGUCAAUGCUGAAAUCGAGAUGCUUCCUCUUGACUUCACAACAGCUUUCUCUUGACAAAGACUUUUUUUUCUUAAUCAAAAGAUAAAUUUGCAUACUUCAUUGUCCACCCUGUUUAGCAUUGCUACAGUGCUGUUUUUAGAUUUGGUUGUGUUUUCUACUGUAGACUUGGUCUCAGAUUUUCCAAUCACACUUAAGCUUUAAUCUUGUCAGAAGUCAGUUUAUUGUGAAGUUAUUGGAAGACUGUAGCACAAAGAAUGAUUGCUUCUUUCAUAUGUGCACAUUCUAUAUCAAAUACUGUGUACAUAUACAGUAUAAUAAAUAUGAAGAUUCAA